CUCUCUGGUUGAGGAAAACUUCCAGCCACAGCGGGAUGUUUGACCACCAGAGUUAGCCUGCCGGGUGGUCUGGGCAGCCGACUGCAGGGACGUGGAGCUGUGGCCGGGAUGCUGGCGUUGCGUCAGUUGUGGCGGGGAAACCUGUGAAUCAUGAAAGUGGACGUGCUGACUUGCAUGGCUCUGGCCGUGGCCAGCCUCGUCGCCAUGGUGACCGGCGGCCGCAGCUCUGGACGCAGAAAGCACAAGGAGGUCUUCCUCGGGGAGAACAGGAAAUUCAAGUUUGGAGGACGUAUUGACUACAAACUGAAGAGGCAGGACAGCACCAAAACGCUGCUGAUAAAAAGUGAACAGCUGCUGAGGAUCGAGGAGCACGACUUCGCUAUGAGACCAGGGUUCGGAGGUGGAGCCAUCCCUGUAGGCAUUGAUGUGCAGGUGGAGAGCAUCGACAGCAUCUCAGAGGUCAACAUGGACUUCACCAUGACUCUGUACCUGCGUCACUACUGGAAAGACGAGCGGCUGGCGUUUCCAUCCAGAAACAAUCUGAGCAGGACGUUUGACUCCAGGCUUGUUAAGAAGAUUUGGGUUCCUGACGUCUUCUUCGUCCACUCCAAGCGCUCGUUCAUCCACGACACCACAAUGGAGAACAUCAUGCUGCGGGUCUACCCGGACGGAAACAUCCUCUACAGCGUCAGGGUCACUGUGACGGCUCUCUGCUCGAUGGACUUCAGCAGCUUCCCUCUGGACACACAGAACUGCUCGCUGGAGCUGGAAAGCUACGCGUAUAAUGAAAACGACCUGAUGCUUUACUGGAAGAAUGGGAACGACUCUCUGAGGACGGAUGAGAUCGUCUUGUCUCAGUUCUUCAUUGAGCAUUUCCAAGCCUCCAGUGGCCUGGCUUUCUACAGCAGCACCGGUUGGUACAAUCGUCUGUUCAUUAACUUCAUCCUUCGGAGGCACAUCUUCUUCUUCAUGCUGCAGACUUACUUCCCCACCAUGCUGAUGGUCGUCCUGUCCUGGGUUUCUUUCUGGAUCGACAGGCGGGCCGUCCCUGCACGUGUCUCGCUGGGUAUAACCACAGUUCUCACGAUGUCCACCAUCAUCACAGGAGUGUCCUCCUCCAUGCCUCAGGUAUCGUAUGUCAAAGCUGUGGACAUCUACCUGUGGACCAGCUUCCUGUUUGUCUUCCUGUCUGUGAUCGAAUACGCAGCCGUGAACUACUGCACCACUCUGGAGGAGAUGAGGAAGAUGAAGAGGGGGAAGAUCCCAUCCACCUUUAACGCCAGCCAGGCGAUGGCCUUCGACGGCUGCUUCCAUGACAAUGACAUCGAGCUGUCUCCAUUCCCACGCUUGGCACCCACCCUGACCUCUGACCCCCUCACCACGCCAACCCAAACCCCGGACAUCCGGCCCACGGAGGGGACUCGCCUCCGCCGGCAGCGGUCUCUGCGUCAAAACGUGGACCUGCUGGUCAGCAAAAGCUACAUGAUUGACUCGUACUCCCGCCUCGCCUUCCCUCUGUUCUACCUGCUCUUUAACACCAUCUACUGGAGCCUGUACUCCUGAUCCAGCACUGCAUGAACUCUGGUUCGCUUUAACAAGAGUCCAAGUGUUGGAGGAGUCCUCCUCUCCACGGGGCUCUAACUCUUUAUCACACUUCAGCUCCAGCUUCAUCUCUAAUCAUGAACAAGAGAGAUAAAGACAUAAAAGCACUCGACUUCUCAGAGUAGUAAUUGUGCACAUCUUCACCCUGACAUUUGCCUCAUGGGAGCGGGCUGAGUGAUGGAUCCUGAGUUGUUUUUUUUUAAUAAUCUGUACUUGUGACUCUUCUUUAUGUGCAUCAUAAGAAUCUUAUACUUAUUUCCAAAAGGUUAUUACACUUCUGUCUCUACCUUAAUCUAUUUUGCUUAGCUGCAGGGAAAUACUAAAUUAGAACUGUAUGUGAAAAUGUUCUUUUUUGAUGAAUGAUGUAAGUGGAGCCAAGAAACUACUGUACAUUUAAUUGAAUUUCUUUUCUCAUUAAAUUUUUAUGCUGUUCAUGACGAUGUAAAAGAGAAUUUAUGUGUACUGCAGGACCAAAUUGUCCUUUGUGUGUGUGUGUGUGUGUGUGUGUGUGUGUGUGUGUG